AUGUGUAGCUGCAGUGAUGCGUUUUGGUCCAAAACCAUUGCAGGUACAUACAAGCUUUCCGGUUCCAAUCAUGGCAAGCCGAUUUACAAAAGGAGCGGACCUCGAAACAUUUUGUUCAUUUACUACUGGGAUAACAGGGAUGGAGCACACUACUCUGGUUGGUGGUUUGGCUCAAGUGUUGGUGGGUGCAAUGUAUGCGCCUUCAACCCAGACUGUCAAAAAGACAAUCCUUUGGUGCCGGCAACGUUUGGUUGGAAAGUUCCCGCUGACGGCCCAGUGGACGAGGGAUUCCGGAUUAUCAUUGGGGGUCAGUCAUGUCUCCCGACCUCAAUCCAGGCUGUUACUCCAGAUGUUACAAUGAUCACGACCUCCAAUCAGAAGUUUGGGACUGUUGGGCCAGCUCAUGCAGCUGAUUUGGCCGAAGAAGGAAAGCAGGAGAGCACAGCUUCUCCAGAGAACAAUGAAACGGUACAGGAGAUGCAAAAGUCAGCUGCCGUGGUCGGGGAAAGGUGUUGGGAGAGCGAUCUUCAAUCAGAGAGGAGGAUGCGGAUCGCAGCCGAUCAACGACUUGCAAACUUGCAGGAGAAGGUCCAACAUCUUGAAGAAGCUUUGAGCAGGGAGAAGAGAAACAAUCAAUGCCUCGAAUGUGCUUUAGAGAAGGAGCGAGAGCAGCGUCAGAUGGCUGAGAAGCAAGUGAUGGACUCAGAAAAACAACAUCAGAAGAUGCAACAGCUGCAAGAAGACCUGACCACACGCCUGGAGGAGCAAAAGCGACUCUCCAGCAUGGCCAGUAGUUCUGGUGCAUGUUGGCAGUUUCAGGAGAAUGGAUGCUGGCAUGCUGUGCCACCUGAGGGGAAUGACCAAAUGACUCAAGCUUAUUUGGUGUAUCUUCGUGAUCCAUCUCCCUACAAUCGCUUCGCGACCAUCAAUGCCGCUGGUGUAGACCGCGAGGUGGACUUCCAGCUUUUGAUACAAAAGCGGUGCGACACCAACAAAGUUCGCUGGAUUCGCAUUUUGCCUGGUGCGCCGAAUCAGUGGGUCUCCACCCCUGCUUGCUUGCUACAACAAACUGAUCAAUUGAACCAGUUCUACAUCAAAGUGACAGAUUCUCAAGUGCACGACAAAGUUCGAGAAAUUCUGCAAUCAACGGGCCACGGGCAUGACACGUCCCAAUUAUGUUCUUGUAUGAGGGCGGCGACGGUCAAGUCAGUGCACCGGAUUGAAAACUUGAGGCUUUGGCAUGGAUACAAGCAAAGACGCGAAGCCUUGCGCAAACAAAAUCUAAGUAACAAUGUUUCUGUCGCACCGGCAGCCUUAGAUUUGGAUGCGUUUGAUGGCUUCAGCAAGGUCAUGACACACAACCAAAAUGUGUUUGACUGCGGCGAAGCGUUGGCAGCAGAUGUGGACGAGAAGAUUCUCUUGCAUGGUACCAGCUGGGACAGUGCAAACUCUAUUGUUCUGAACGGCUUUGACCAUCGGACAUGCCAUCGUGGCAUGUAUGGUGAUGGGGUCUACUUCGCAUCUGCGGCUUGCAAAUCACACCAAUACACCUGCCAAGAUCAUAAGUGGGGCUGUUGCUGCAAGUGUGAGCGGACUUUGAUCAUUGCGCGUGUGGCACUUGGGGAUGCAUACUAUGCCAAGGAAACAAGACGCAAUGAACGGAGGCCGCCAGUAAGAAGCAGCACAUGUGGCGUGACAUACGAUUCCAUUGUGGUCAACCCGGGUCCGAUCCAUGGUCACCACAAUUCCCUGCAGGUUCACCAGGAGUUUGUGAUUUGCGACAGGGAGCAGGCGUAUCCUAGCUAUGUAGUUCAAUACCAGUUGUGA